CUCUUGGUGUAUGUGCAAAAAUCAUGAGAAUAGAGACUAGAAAUUAAUCUCAUGUUUGGCCAAGUACAAAGAAGAAAACCUGAAAAUCAGACCUCAAAAUCACCACUAAUGGCCAUUCUCUAUGUCUUCCUAUUCAUCUUCAUAUUCCUAAGCAAUCCUCGCAGGAUAAAUUCAAGUACUUGCAAAUUGAAUUUUAGCCAAUUCCCAUAUGAAGCACAGAGUGAGUGCUUUGACAUAGCUGCAAACUCUGUCCCAUCUUCUGUAAUGAAGGCAUGCUGCGGCCUAGCCCUCCAAUCUCUCUUCAAAGCAAUGGCAAUAGAAGCUAACCACUCUGGGUCCAUAUUCCUCCAGUUGGCUGAAGCCAAAGAUUGCAGUAACACAUUCCAAAAUCUUCACCAGAGUUCAAAUCUUGCUAAAUGUGAACUCCAAGAUUUAAUAUCUUCUUCAACAGCAGAACUAUGCUCAAGUACCAUUGAUGCAAUCAUAAGUUUUCUUGGGAUCGAGAGAUAUAAUGCCUUCCGAUCAAAUUGUACAAACUUAUAUGCUAGUAAUUAUAGUGAUGAGACAUGUUUUAAUUGUGUCAUGUCUUAUAGGCAGUCAUUACAAGCUCUACGAAAAGGUGAUCGUUCAAAUGGCAAUAGGUGUAAUGAAGCUCUCCUUGUUAGUCUUGCAAGCUCAGAUGUGGAUUCCCAGAACUGGGUUCAAGGAACUUUUUCUUGUUCAUGGAAUGAAAUAGGUAAGAUUUCCCAAAUAGAAGUCAAAGAACAUCUACUGGAUUCCAAGGAACUCCUUGCUACAGUAAUUGUGGCAGCAGUGCUUGUCAUCUUAGCUCCACUUCUAUAUAUUCUCACAAGGAGGCGAAUUCAAUAUGCAAAUGAAAAGGACCUGAAAAAUCUAUCAGUUGUGGUGUUUAAAAAAGAACCAGAGGAUGAAGCCAAAAGACCCUUAAACUGCUCUGAUCUCUAUAUAUUCUCACCUGAUGAAAUGGCUAAAGCUACUGAUUCUUUUAAUAAUUCAAACUUGAUUGGAGAGGGAACUCUUGGGAAAAUGUACGUUGGAAUAAUGCCAAGUGGAAUGAAAGCAGCAAUCAAGAGGCUUAAUGAGGGCAUUGAGCUUCACAAUUUUAUUGACGAGAUUUUCUGGAAAGCGAAAAUAAGGCAUCCUAAUUUGGUGAGUACUGUGGGGUGUUGUGACAGCGGAGAUGAGUGUCUUGUUUAUGAGUACUGCGUCAAUGGUGAUCUUUCAAGCUGGCUUCUCGCAUGCCACAAGGAAGUGCAUACAAAACUCCCUCAAUUCCUCUCUACAAUCCUGUCACUUGCACUUCCAAUUACCUCCAAAUACAUAGGAAAAUUUCUGUUUUAA